AUGUCAGUUUUAUUUUCUACAACCGAAAAUGGCAAGUCAGUUCUCAUCGAGAAUGGUUUUGAUUACAUUCAAAAACGUACUCAUGAAAAUAAAGUAUACUGGCGUUGUUUACAAUGCAAUAAACAAAAAUGUAAAGCUAGAUUGCAUACAACUAAUAGCACAAUUUGUCAUCGAGUCGGCGAUCAUAAUCAUGUUCCAAAUCCUAGUAUAAGUGGAAUUCGUCAAUAUCGUUCUGAACUGCGUGGCUUGUAUAAAACAACAAUGACUACACAUUCGAUUGUUGCCACAUCACUUGCUACGGCAUCAACUGCACUGUUAAGCCAGCUUCCGCCUAUCAACAACCUGAAGCGCACCGCCUGUCGACAACGUGCUGCAAAUCUAAAUUUUCCAACAAAUCCUCGAUCAAUAUCAGAAAUAUAA